CAGUGGAACCGAAGUGGUGCAAGUGGUCAUAGGUGGCAUGUUUUGCAACUGAUGCGCCCGGCUUAGGGAAGGGUCGGCGAGCGAGCAAGCAAACAGGCUGGCCGGCCAGCUUCUUCGCGGGGCUCGCAGCUGGAAGAGCAGCAGCAGCAGCAGCAAACGGAAAAGCCGACGCUGCUGCUUUUGUUCUGCCGAGCUGACUUCUUCGUAGCCCGGACGAUUUGCGAAUUCUGCAGCCUUUCCUUAGGACCGCCGCCUUUCAGGGGGUGCGGGUCGCGAUGGCCGAUCACAUGAUGCUGCCGAUGAGCCACGGCGUGAACGGGCUACAGGGCUACCGGAUAGGGAUGGCGGGGGCGCCGGCUCCUCCGCCGCAGCACGGGCAGCACGUGCUAAGGACGCUACCUGCCAGCCACCAGGUGAUGCAGUACGGCGGCCCGGCCAUGGAGGGGGGCAUGAGGCCCAGGGCCGGCAUGAACGGACAGCUGGGCCACCACCAGCAGGGGCCGGGCGGCGUGAUGUUCGGCGGGCCAGGGCAGCAGCAGCAGCAGCAGCAGCAGCAGCAGCAGCACUACACGGCCUCGGUGGGCACGCAGCAGCUCAUGGCCAGCAUGCACUUGCAGAAACUGAACACGCAGUACCAGGGCCACCCGCUCAUGGGCAUGAGCAGCGGGCCCAUCGGGGCGGGGGCGCAGCAGUACAGGAUGGGGCCGGGCCAGCACCCCGGCAUGCCACACCUGCCCUCCCCGGCACUCACCUUGAACGUUAUGGACACGGAGCUGAUCGACGAAGAGGUCUUGACUUCCUUGGCCAUGGAGCUGGGCUUGGACCGCGUACAGGAGCUGCCGGAGCUUUUCCUGGGACAGAACGAGUUUGACUUCAUCUCGGACUUUGUCAGCAAACAGCAGCCCAGUGCGAUCAGCUGUUGAACGGCUCUGCUGGGAGCUGGUGCUUCUCCUAGAAGCACCCCCCCACCUUGAAAAAACACGACUUUCUCUCCCUCAUGCAGACUUCUCCAUUUCUUCCCCACCUAAAAGCUCAAUGGACAAUCAUUAGAGACUCUUCUUUCGUUCGUUCUUUCUUUUGUUCUUUCUUUCGGUUUGCACUGCAUCGUUCCUUCUCAUGGGGGUGUUGUUUCUGCAGGUGCGGGGGGGGGAAUGGAAAGCUUUUGCAGAUGACAGUGGGCCUUUUGUUGUGCCCCACUCCCCAAAGAGCAGUGGAUGGUGUGGGCGCUGAACUCUGCUCUGUUGACUUCUUGAAGGAAUCUUGUAAGCCCCCUUUGAACACACCUUUCCACUGGGUGGGUGUUAGCAUUUUUAAGGAUGCUCCCAGCAAAAGGAAGGGGUAGGAGGUGGCUCGCUCCAUCCCUUCCUCCACGGGCUGUUUCUGCCUCUCAAUACUGUGAAAGUCAGCAAACGGUCAGGUUCCUUUUUGACUUGAAAUGAUUGAUGGCCUCCGGUUGCAUUUUUCUUCUGAAUCCCUCCCCCACCUCUCCCUCUCUCACACACAGAACUGAACAAUUAAGUUGGACUCAAGAAAUGAAAUUGACUUACUUUCUUCCAUUUUUCUUUAAAUGGGUAAAAUUAGCAGGCAACAUAUUCUGUGGAAGGCAGUAUCAGUGACCAGCCUCUUCAGACGUUGAGUCACUUCCAGCUGAUAGGGGUGGGGAAGACCCAACUAAUUGGUGUAAUAAUGUUGUCACACUUUCAGACUACUAAAAAUGAGCUUUAAGCUGCCAUCUAGCUCUUUCUCUGCCUCCGAAACCAAAUAAAAUCCUUGUAAUUGUGUAUAUUACUGAUUUUUUAAAAGAAAAAAAUCUUAUUUAUCUCUUCUGUGUUCCUGAUCCUUAUUUAUUUGGAAGGGCUCAGUUAUCUGCCUUUUGAGAUUAUUGGGAAAGGGCUAAAUAUAACACUCAAAAUGUAUGUCCCUCCAAACUUGUUUUGCUAUCCAAGGGCAGCAUAUAUAUUUUUUCCAAGAUUGCAGAAAAAAGAAUAAAAGGCAGUGUGUACACAUGUGCUCUCAUUCUCUCUCACUGUGUGUACCUGCCCAUCCUGAGGCUUGAGUUUAAGAGAAAAUAAACCCUUCAUAUUGUGUUUCCCAAAAGCUUGGUGUGGACUAGCAGCUUGUUUCCCUCUUUAGUCUCCAAGUGAUCUGGAAAAGCGGGAAAGCUCAAGUCCAGCAUCUGCCCUCUUUUCUUGCAAGCACACAGCAAUGCAUCAUUAUUUGAUUGAUGAAGUGAGAAUGUACAGGUGAUUUUUUUCCAAAUAAAAGUUAAACCCUAUGAAA